AUCCUGCUGGAUGCCGGAGUGACUCCCGCAACGAUCGCCGUCCUGGACGGUGUGCCCCAGAUCGGCCUCGACGCCGACGGCGUGCGUCGGAUCGCGAACGAGGAUCUCGCGAAGGCGAGCGUUCGGGAUCUGCCGAUCCUCGCGGCUCGCGGCGCGAGCGGCGCGACCACCGUCGCGGCGACCGCUCACCUCGCUGCCAUGGCGGGCAUCCGCGUCUUCGCCACCGGCGGCCUUGGCGGCGUGCACCGCGGAGCCUCGAACACCUUCGACGAAUCAGCCGACCUCGCAACCCUCGCCGUGACCCCGAUCACUGUGGUGAGCGCGGGUGUGAAGUCCGUGCUCGACAUCGCGGCAACCCUCGAGCGCCUCGAGUCCCUCAGCGUCCCGGUCAUCGGUUUCGGAACGAAGAUCUUCCCCAGCUUCUGGCUCACCGAGUCCGCCCAUCUGCUCGACUGGUCGGUCGACACCGCGGCAGAGAUCGCCGCAAUCAUGCGGUCUCAGGAUGAGCUUGGGCAUGGCCAGGGAAUCGUGGUCGCCAACGCGAUCCCGCGCGAGCAGCAGUGGGAGCCGGCGGAGCACGACCGAGUGCUCGAGGAGGCUCUCGCGGCCGCCGAGGAAGCCGGCGUGAGAGGC